AUGGCUGUGAGCUCCCGAGAUUUAUGGUUACAGGACUACAACAUCACAGUGUCACGUUGCCUCGCACAGUAUCUGGUGGACAUUGUCCCUGGGAAGAUAGGGAAUGUCCUGAGGCUGGACUCCGUGCAACAAAAUGGGCAAAUAUGGCUUGGCGCAGAUGUUCUCAUCUUCAACUCGUUCCUCUGGUGGAACCGCACCAAUCCCGGCCGACCAUGGGACUAUAUUCAGGAUGGCAACGAGAUACUUAAAGACAUGAACCACACGGAGGCUAUGGCGAAGGCUUUGAACACAUGGGCCAGAUGGGUGGAUUCCAACAUUGAUCCAAAGACAAAGAAGGUCUUCUACUUCGGACUUCCCCCAAGACACAUGUCCGGAGAGAACUGGGGCGAGCGAGGGAAGACUUGCGUCGGACAAACAGAGCCACUGAUGGCGAGGACGUACCCGGGAGGUCCAAUUCCGCAGGAAAGCAUGGUGCGGAGCGUCUUGGGAAGUAUGGCGAAGCCAGUCUACUUGCUUGACAUAACUUUCCUCACGCAACUCAGAAAAGAUGGUCACCCGGGACGGUACAGCGGGGGUGAUUGCACGCACUGGUGUUUAGCUGGAGUUCCGGAUACAUGGAACCUAUUGCUGAAUGCCGCCCUUCUUGAAUGGAACUGAGAUUAUUCCCUCAAGAAAGAAUGUAAAUGGGAUGUUUUUUCUUCCUUAGAAAUAAUUAGAGUGACAUGAAUAAGUGGUGUCAUGUUAGA